GGGAGGGGCGGGGCUGAGCGCGCGAGCGCGAGGAUGUGAAGAUGGCGGAGCUGCAGAUGCUGCUGGAGGAGGAGAUCCCGGGGGGGCGCCGGGCCCUCUUCGACAGCUACACCAACCUCGAGCGGGUCGCCGAAUACUGCGAGACCAACUACAUACAGUCAACAGAUAAACAGCGGGCCCUAGAAGAAACCAAAGCGUACACAACUCAGUCUUUAGCUAGCGUAGCCUAUUUGAUCAAUACCUUGGCUAACAAUGUUCUACAGAUGCUGGAUAUCCAGGCAUCCCAGCUUAGGCGUAUGGAAUCUUCAAUCAACCAUAUUUCACAAACAGUUGACAUACACAAAGAAAAAGUGGCUAGAAGAGAAAUUGGCAUCUUGACUACAAACAAAAACACUUCAAGAACUCACAAAAUAAUUGCACCAGCCAAUCUGGAGCGACCAGUUCGCUAUAUUAGAAAACCUAUUGAUUAUACAAUUCUAGAUGAUACUGGGCAUGGAGUGAAGGUUAGUACACAGAAUAUGAAAAUGGGUGGCCUGCCUCGUACCACACCUCCCACCCAGAAGCCACCUAGCCCACCAAUGUCAGGGAAAGGAACUGUUGGGCGUCACUCUCCCUAUCGCACACUGGAGCCAGUGCGUCCUCCAGUGGUACCAAAUGACUAUGUACCUAGCCCUACCCGUAAUAUGGCUCCCUCGCAACAGAGCCCUGUUAGAACAGCUUCUGUGAAUCAGAGGAAUCGCACUUACAGCAGCAGUGGGAGCAGUGGAGGGAGCCACCCCAGUAGUAGGAGCAGCAGUCGAGAGAACAGUGGAAGUGGAAGUGUCGGAGUCCCAAUUGCUGUCCCCACUCCAUCCCCUCCCAGUGUGUAUCCAGUCCCUGCCAGUUCAGCUGGCACUUCUCCCCUUCCUGCUACUUCUGCCCCUGCUCCCACUCCUCUCACUCCUGCUACUGCCCCCUCCUCUGCUGCUCCAGAUGCUGCUGCCGCUGCUGCAGGGGCUCAGCCCCUUGCUGAUGGCUUCACAUCUCCAACUCCCCCUGCUGCUUCUUCCACUCCUUCUGCAGGUCAUCCUGUUCAAUUCUACAGCAUGAACAGGCCUGCAGCUCGGCACACCCCUCCAACAAUAGGGGGCUCAUUGCCAUACAGGCGUCCUCCCUCCAUCACUUCACAGAACAGCCUUCAAAUCCAGGUGAAUGGAGGACCAUUUUAUAGCCAGAACCCAGUGUCUCUUGCGCCUCCUCCUCCUUCUAUCCUACAGGUGACUCCUCAGUUGCCACUCAUGGGAUUUGUGGCCAGAGUUCAGGAAAAUAUUUCAGACACUCCUCCACCUCCACCCCCUGUAGAUGAACCGGUCUUUGAUGAAUCCCCACCACCACCGCCUCCGCCAGAAGAUUAUGAAGAGGAAGAAGCAGCUGUGGUAGAAUACAGUGACCCUUAUGCUGAAGAGGAUCCACCAUGGGCACCAAGGAGCUACUUGGAGAAAGUUGUGGCGAUCUAUGACUACACUAAAGACAAGGAGGACGAACUCUCCUUUCAGGAAGGUGCCAUCAUCUAUGUCAUUAAGAAAAACGAUGAUGGAUGGUAUGAGGGUGUCAUGAAUGGAGUAACAGGACUCUUCCCAGGGAACUACGUGGAGUCCAUCAUGCACUACUCUGAGUGAAGACCACCAUGACAAGAGGCAGAAUCGCACCUUGCUUGCCAAGAGAUUGUUGGGCUCCCCAAGAUCUUCUCCAGCAUUUGGGGACCCUGGCAAGUGAACUGAAGGAAAGAAGGAUCAUUGUAACAAAACCACUCUUGUUUUGCUUUCUCCCCCAUUUUAUAAAAUAGUGAUUUGAGUUGUUUUAAAGAAA